GCGUAUUCUCCGCGGUUCGUUGCACCUGCCCUCUGGAAAACGCCCAAGUUGGCGGGUGGAUUCAAGUGGUUUCUCGUUUUGGACUUCGAAGCAACCUGCAACAGGGGUCAACAGCCCAACCCCCAGGAGAUUAUCGAGUUUCCGGUGCUCAAGGUAGACGCUGCUACUUUAGAUGUGACGGACACCUUUCACCGCUAUGUGCAUCCCGUCUUCAACCCGAAGCUGUCCGACUUUUGCACUCAACUCACCGGCAUAAUUCAGGACAUGGUCGACACAGAAUCGGACUUUCCAGUCGUCAUGCGGCCGGAUCACACGUACACUUACGCUCAUGCUGUUGAUGCUAUCUUUGAUACCAAACCCCCUAUCUGCAACUUUUCGUACUUCUAG